UUUUAGAUAUUAAAAUGUAUAAUCAGUAACUUAUAACUCCCUCCAGGUCCAACCGGCGAGGAGAACAUCUCACUGUACCGGCAGCAAGUCUGAUCCUGAAACUCCACGUGUCUUUCUGCUCUCCUCCCCACCUCGGUCUCUCCCUCUCACUCACGAUGGCUGAGUCCCCGGAACCGGUGCCCUCUCAAGGGGACCCGGUCUCAACAGCCUCCCCCAUCCUGGGUGAGUCCACAGAGGUGGAGUGUCCCAUCUGCUACCAGGAAUACAACCAGUGUGGCAAAUGCCCUCGCAUGCUGGAGUGUCUCCAUGUCUUCUGCACCGAGUGUCUCCAGAGGAUCCAGCUGUCCCCGUAUCCAGCCGACUACUCGGACCCCCAGAUCCCUUCUUGUCCCACCAUCACCUGCCCCCUUUGCCGCCACCCCACCAGGCUGGAGACAGGAAACCCCCUCGCCCUGCCCUGCAGCUCCCGGAUCCUGGCGCAGCUUCCGGCCAUGGCCUUUCGCAUGCCCAUGUCGGUGGCCGCCCACCUGUCCAGCGUCACCCAGAGGGUGGUCCUCUCCCUGGAGGCCAGCAGGGACGCCCGCUUCAUCAUCCUGCCCACAGUGAGCCUCCGGGUGGAGCAAAUGCACCCAGGCGAUAGGCCCCACGGCAGAGUGAUGGGCCUGGGGGGCGGCAAUCAGGUGCUGCAGCACCACAGGAAGACCCCGGUCUGUGUGCAGCUGCUGGCUGUGGUUUUCUGGGUGUCAUUUGUGUUGACCUUUGUAGUAGUGGGGGUGGGGUUUGGGCCUAGCUUCUUGAGCAACUGA